UCUCUUUCUGCUUAAUCGAACAAGCUCAGGGGCUGGGGCACAAAGAAAAAAAAAAAAAAAAAAAAAAAAAAAAAAAAAAAAACAAAGAAAGAAAAAAGAAAAAGAAAAGAAAACCCUCUUGCUUCCUGAGAGAAGAAUAAAUUAAAUUCAGGGAAAGAACCCAGAGAUAGAUAGAAAGAGAGAUAGUUGAAGAGCUCACACGAUGCUGCUGCGUGAAUGGCGUUAGGGUUUCUCGUUGAUCCUCCCAAGCUCGAUUCCCUUUCUGCAAUUGUCUCCCUGUCUUGCUUCUUCAAACCCUAAUUCGACGCUAGGAUUCGGUAUCUUCGGAAAUUUUCUUCAUUGUUGUGCUGAGUUUUUUUUUUUUUUUGUUUUCUGAGUUGCUGCGAUGGGCGCGCCGGAGAAAUCGCAGGCGAAUUCCUCUAAUUCGAUGCAGCGUGUCAAGGUUUAUCGAAUGAAUGAUGAUGGAAAAUGGGAUGACCAAGGCACUGGACAUGUCACUAUUGAUUAUAUAGAGAGAUCAGAAGAGCUGGGUUUAUUUGUUUAUGAUGAAGAAGAUAAUGACAACUUACUAAUGCAUCGCAUCAGUUCUGAAGAUAUUUACAGGAAACAAGAAGAUACAAUCAUCUCAUGGAGAGAUCCAGAAUCUGGUACAGAACUAGCCCUUAGCUUUCAAGAGACUAGUGGAUGCUCUUAUAUUUGGGACAAUAUUUGCAAUGUGCAAAGGAAUAUGCAUUUUACUUUAAAUAGUGAGGCAUUUCACAGUGUAAACAGUGAGUUAAGGGAGUUACCCGCGGUUGAGUUGUCAACACUUCCUUUGAUUCUUAAGACUCUGGUUGAGAGUGGCAUUGCAGACCAGUUGCGGCUUGCGGAGCUAAUAUUGAGUGAUCAAGAUUUUUUUCGAAAGCUGAUGGAACUAUUCAGAAGAUGUGAAGACUUGGAAAAUAUUGAUGGCCUUCACAUGAUUUUCAAGAUAGUCAAAGGGAUAAUAUUGCUUAAUAGUACACAAAUUUUCGAGAGAAUAUUCAGUGAUGAAUUUAUAAUGGACAUUAUUGGUUCUCUUGAGUAUGAUCCAGAAGCUCCUCAUAUUCAGCAUCAUCGUAAAUUCUUAAAGGAGCAUGUUAUUUUUAAGGAGGCUGUACCAAUAAAGGAUCGUACUGUGUUGUCAAAGAUACAUCAGACAUAUAGAGUUGGUCUUUUGAAGGAUGUUGUUUUGGCUAGAGUAUUGGAUGAGGCUACUGUUGCAAAUCUCAACUCUAUGAUAUAUGCAAACAAUGCCUUUUGCCUUGGCUGUGAUACUGUACUAUUUCCAAAUUUCAUUAUUUGUAGGGAUCUGAUGAAUGAAGGCAUCUUUGACAUUAUCACCGAUGUCCUGCAAUGUCAAGACAAGAAGUUUGUGCUUACUGGAACAGAUAUCCUCAUUCUAUUCUUGAAUCAGGAUCCUAAUCUUCUGCGUUCCUAUGUUGUGAGGCAAGAAGGAAUGACACUACUUGGACUGUUGGUUAGAGGAAUGAUAACAGAUUUUGGAGAUGAGAUGCACUGCCAGUUUCUUGAAAUCAUUCGGAGUUUGUUGGACUCAUGCACAUUGUCUGGAGCACAGAGGGACACUAUAAUUGACAUAUUCUUUGAGAAGCAUUUGGGUCAACUGAUUGAAGUGAUAACAGCAUCAUGUCCUCCAGAAAAUGUUUCCCGUGCAAGUAGCAAAUCUGUAGGUCCUGCUCAAAGAGUUAAGUUGCAGAGUGUGACGAAGCCAGAGAUACUAGCAAACAUAUGUGACUUAUUAUGCUUUUGUGUCUUGCACCAUCCAUACAGGAUAAAGUGCAACUUUCUUCCUAAUAAUGUGAUUGAUAAAAUUUUGUUACUGACACGGAGAAGAGAAAAAUACUUGGUUGUUGGUGCUGUCCGGUUUGUUCGUACUAUUCUCUCCCGCCAUGAUGAGCAUCUGAUUAUCCAUUUUGUUAGAAAUAAUCUUCUCAAACCAAUUGUAGAUGCCUUUGUUGCCAAUGGAAAUCGCUACAAUCUGCUUAACUCUGCGGUUCUUGAACUUUUUGAGUAUAUUCGCAAGGAGAAUCUAACAUUGUUGCUGAAAUAUAUAAUUGAAUCCUUCUGGGACCAGUUGAUGAAAUUUGAGUAUUUGGUAUCCAUUCGCUCGCUGAAAGUAAAGUAUGAGCAGUGUGUAGAUAAUGGUGGUACAAAAAGUACAUCUAAUGUGACUGACCUUCGAAGACGAACUGAUGAGCGUUGUUUGGAGAAAGAAGAGGAAGAGUACUUUAAUGAAGACAGUGAUGAAGAGGAUACAUCUGCAUCCAUUUCGCGAAAUCAGAAAGGGCAGCAGCAAAAACCUGUUUUGUCCAAUGGAGUUGCUGCAGGCUACUCGCAGAGUCCAAGGUCUGGUGCACUGGUUGAUUAUGAUGAUGACGAGGAUGAUGAGGAUUACAGGCCGCCACAAAGGAAGCAACUGGAGACUUCUGAAGAGGAUGAAGGGACAAUGGAGUCUCUCAGGCUGAAAAGGAAAUUGCCUUCAAAGGAUAAGGAUCCUGAGUCAGUGAAGAAGCAGAAACUGUCUAAGAACUCAAAAUCAAAAGAGAGUGUUUUUGCUGCGUUGUGUUCAACAUUGAGCCAGGCUGUGCUACCUGUUAAGAGAACUGCAAUGAACAUUCAUACAGGCCCUUGGCCAAAUGAUGGGAGGGAGAGCCCAGGGGAAGGCAAUCAAGAAAAGGGGUCAAGUGUUUCUGGAACCUGUUCUGAGAUUAGCAAUACAACAAAUGAAGAGAACCAUUUAGAUAGAGAAACUGCUGCCUCAAGAAAUGUUUCUGAAAGGUUACCUGGCACCCUGGAGAAUGGCCAGUUGGGUACUGAGGAACAUCCAUUGGUUUCACCAAAAUCCUCACCAGAGAUGGCUGUCAACGGAUCUUAGGCUUUCAGAAUCGUAUUGUGGAAGGCUUAUUGUUCAUGUUGUCUGACCUAUGGAUAUGCUGGUGGCUAGGUGGUUACUGAGCGUACGCCAAAGCUAUGAGCCAGAAGAAAAGAAAGGUUUUCUACAAGGGGGUAAGUUCUUAUUUUGCAUUCCGUUGACAACAUGCAGAGAUUCUGUACAGUGUCGCUGAGAUGCGGAAGACAUUAAUACUGCAACUUGGAUCUGCUCCUAUGCUUUGGUUGGCUAUUACAGGCUUUGAGCAUAGUAAUUGUUGCUUUUGUGUAACAUUCACCAGCGAUAAUUCUCGUUUUCUUUUCUGUCUCGCCUAAUUUUACCUACCACCUCAUUUUCAUGGUUCCUGCCAGAGGGUCUGGGGUUGGGGGUUGAUCUUGCUAUCAUUGUUUCGCCGUUUUCUAAGUUAUAUCAACUUGAUAGAGGGCACUAAUAUUCGCCCAACACAGGUUUUUACUUUUCUGUUUUCUUGUUCUUCCCCCCUUUUUUUGUGGUGGAUGUGAUAAUAGAGAAUGUGCAGUUGAGUUUAGGACCAAUAUCUCAGAAAUGUAGUAAUGAGAAAAACAGAGUCCGUUGUAAAUCUGUAUUAAGCUGUUAACGCAUGCAUUGGACUUGCAAUGCAGUUCUGUCAACUUCAACUGUAAUUACGAUGAUUAGCUUUGCCCUAAGAUCUGUACCCCAUCCAAAACGCAAAAAGAAAAGUUUUGCCUUGAAAUUUUAUAUUGUUGUGACUGCUUGACUUUUAGCAAC